AUGCAUAAUGGCACAAAAGAAUAUCCCAACAGUGCGUCUAAAGGCUUAGGACGCUCGCAGGGAAUGCAAAAGAUCCGGGUGCGACUUCCGGCCGAGAUAAACACGUUAUCAUCUCCAAAACUUUGCAACAACAUAAACAUACAUAUUGACAUUAGGCCUCACAAAUGCAGAGAGUGUGGUAAAGCGUUUGUGUAUAGAUCAUAUUUGCGUCGUCAUCAGACGAUUCAUGCAGACGAAAAACCUUAUCAAUGCGAGUUUUGCAAAGCAUCAUUUAAUUACAAAUCGGUUCUAAAAAGACACAUAGAGGCCAAGCAUUGCAUUGAUAAAAAUUACAAGUGCAUCAUGUGUGAGAAAGCUUUCAAAACUCAGCCAGAAUUGCGUUAUCAUAUGAACACGAUUCAUACCCAAAGAAAGUAUAAAUGUAACCAAUGUCCAUCUACAUUUGCCCAUCCUAAGAUCUUAAGAGAGCACAUGAAAAUACAUGCAGGCAAGAAAUAUGUUUGCGAGACUUGCGGCAGAGCUUUUACUUUUAAAAGUAAUCUAAUCGAUCACUGUAUACAUGUACAUAGCGAUGAAAAGCCGUUCGAGUGUUUGGUGUGUGGCAAGAGCUAUAAGCGAAAAAGGGCACUUGAUGAACACAUUCGAACUGAGGGUCACAGAAGUAACAUCACCUGUAUGACAAAUAAAGAACAAACUGCAGCUGACAACAAAACAGAUAAAGAAUAAUUCUUAACGAUAAUGACGAACUGAUGAAAGAAAUAAAGAAUAAAGUAACUUAGUAUGAGAUGUUAUAUGCAUAGAUGGGAGUUUUCCAAAAGAUUUUUCUCGGAGGUACAAUUGAACACUAUCAGAACACAUGAGCACCGUCGUGUAAAGUUGACAAUGCGUUCAGAAAACAAAAUCGUCCAGUAAAUCCUCACUGCUUAAUAUAUUUAAUAAUUUUACGUCCUAGUUGGGUUUAAGGUAGUACACUCGCGAAUUAAAAACAGAAUUUUUUGAAAUUGAUGCUAUACGUAUUUCACUAGAAGACAUUAUUACAUUUGUGCAAUUGCAAUGAAGUUUCAAUACUGAAAUGUAAGCAACACUUUUUGAAAGCCGCACUUUUUAUACGUGUCGCUUACACAAAAUUAAUGAAAAUGUCGCGUUUCUUUUUGUAGAGCUUAAACUAGCAAUGACUUAAUAAGAAACGAGUAUGCGAGUAAGGAACUUGAAAAAAAUAUUGUGAAACAAA